AUGCGCGAGAUCAACGCCGCGUUCGAGGCGCUGCGGCGCGCGCUGCCGCCGCUGCAGCAGCGCGCCGGCGAGAAGGUCACCAAGGUGGCGACGCUGCGCCUCGCCAUCCGCUACAUCACCGAGCUGACGCGCGCGCUCGAGACCGUGUCGUACUCGCCGCCGUCGCCCGCGCUGCUGCCGGCGCCGUGCGGCCAGCAGCAGGAGGUCUUCUCCGUGCCCUACUCCGCGCUGCAGACCCAGCAGCUGCCGCCGCAGCUGCCACCGCAGCAGCAGACUGUCGGCGAGGCGGCGGCGCUGCAGCUGGGGGUGUCGGCGGCGGUGUCGCUGCCCCCGGUGUCGACGCUGAUCCUGCCCUGCUGA